UACCUUGCUGAAUUUUCUUCACAUCACCAACUACACCCCUCUUUCCCUACACCUGGUUAUUUUAAACCAUGUCUCACACAACUCAAAACAUGUCCCAAGAAGAGCUUAUUGCUUCAAAUGCAAAAUUAAAGGCUCAAGUUGAAUACUUGGCAAAAGAAGUGGCAAAGCUCACUAAAUUCAAGUUGAGUAUGGUUCAAACUCCCGAAGAAAGUGAAGAUGAAGAUGAUGCUAGUUCUGUUGCUACCAUAAGAGCUAGAAAUCCAGAGAAGUCAGCCUCUGAUUUCAAGGUUGACAUGCCCACUUUCGAAGGAAAGAACGACCCUGAUGACUUUUUUGAAUGGUUAGAGACCGUUGAAUGUGUCUUUGACUUCAAGAAUGUGUCCGAAGAGAAGAAGGUCAAACUCGUGGCCUUAAAGUUCAGAAAGUAUGCGCCAACAUGGUGGACCAACGUCACCAUUAGGCGUAGAAGAGAAAACAAGUCCCCGGUGACCUCGUGGAACAAGAUGCGAGCACUCUUGAAGAAGAAGUUUCUGCCCGAGAACUACAUACGAGAAAACUUUUCUAAGCUUCAACACUUGAAGCAAGGCUCUCGUUCUGUAGAGGAAUACAAACGAGAGUUCGAGGAACUCUUAUUAAGGUGUGAUCUUCAAGAAGAUGAUUCACAAACUUUUGUGAGGUAUCUAUUUGGAUUGAAUGUCCAAAUAGCUAACACUGUGGAACUUCAAGACUACCACACUCUUGACGAUCUUACAAAGCUGGCUCUCAAAGUUGAAAGCCAAAUCAAGAAAGGCAAGGCUGCCCAAAUGAGAAUCUCCUCUUCAAAUCCACCUUUGCUCCCCACCCCUUCAUCUCCUUCACCUUCCCCAGCUCCUNAAGGCUCUCGUUCUGUAGAGGAAUACAACCGAGAGUUCGAGGAACUCUUAUUAAGCCUCGUCGAGCCGCUCAAGGUAGCCAUCCAUCCCGUCAACUUUGAAGUGAAGCUGGUUGAGGGAGUCGGCGAUGGAAUCAAGGUUGGUCCGGGCCUGGGGUUCGGCUGGGCUAGCAGCAGGACGGCGGCAUGCGGUAGUGGCAGUGGCAGGCGCGGCGUUGUCCGACCACUUGGUGAAGGUUUGGGCGCUGAUCGUCCAAAGCUUCGUGGCCUUCGUGAGCGGGCCAACGGUGGUGGUGACCUUGAACCGUUCAAGGAUGUCCAUCACCACGAACGGGUACGAGAGGAGGUGAUCGUGGUUGGGAGACGCGGCGAUCGUCAUGUAGAUCAUGACAAACUUCGCCCAAUUGAUUGGUGCCGAGUGCAUGAUCGCAUGGAUGAGCUUGAGGUCCUCACCGGACAUGAUCGUGUGCCCAUGCUUCCGGGGCUUGAUGAUCCGGGUCACGAUGUAGAGGAGGAGACGGCCUUCGGGGGAUGCAGAGUGGAUGGUAGGGCGGCCCGUGGGAUGACGGAUGAGCUCGGUGAUGCCAUGCUCAUUGAGGACAAGGCCCUUGUUGUUGAGCACCCAGUCUUCUCCGCCAUAGAGGGAGAUGUCGUCACCUUGGUAGGGGAGGCCGGCGAUGUGCCCAAGCUGCUCAACGGUGAGCUCAAUCGGCGUGGACUUGACAAGGCUGUAGAUGACGUCGUCCUCACGCUAGAGAUUCGAGUAGAAGGCCCGAAUCAGCGCCAGGUUGAUCUCUUUCCGAGCUCGGGAGACGAACGGCCAUAGGCUGGUUUGGUGAAGCUGCGCGUCGAGGUCGUCGUAGCCCUGCAACUCCGGUAGGCGCUCCGGGAUGAUCCGUGGGGGAGCCACCAUCUGUUUAGAGAAGAAGGUUAGAAAACGGGUGCGCUCCUCCUCAGAAUCGAACCAAAGGUACGACCCAUCGCCAGAGUAGAGGCGUUCCUCGGGGGAUGUCGUAGGACCCCAGGAUUUGGACUUGGA